GUGUACUACCUCUCAUUGGAAUACUAUAUUGGACGUACCUUGACCAAUACCAUGGUCAAUCUUGGUAUACAGGGCCAAUGUGAUGAGGCACUUUACCAGCUUGGUCUGAAUAUUGAGGAGUUGGAAGAGCUGGAGGAGGAUGCUGGUCUUGGAAACGGUGGUUUGGGUCGACUGGCAGCAUGUUUCUUGGAUUCCAUGGCAACACUUGGUUUGGCUGCCUAUGGUUAUGGUAUACGCUAUGACUACGGUAUCUUCACUCAGAAAAUAAAAGAUGGCCGCCAGAUUGAGGAACCCGAUGACUGGCUGAGAUAUGGUAAUCCGUGGGAGAAAGCAAGGCCAGAGUACACCAUACCGGUCAACUUCUAUGGACGUACCGAGUCGCAUAAUGGCAAGGUCAAAUGGGUUGACACAAAGGUUGUGUUUGCCAUGCCAUAUGACAGCCCUACACCCGGGUACAAGAACAAUACAGUCAAUACCAUGAGAUUGUGGUCUGCCAAGUCCAAGAAUAGCUUUGAUAUGGCCUACUUCAAUGAUGGUGACUAUGUUCAGGCUGUACUUGAUAGGAAUAUAGCAGAAAACAUCACCCGUGUACUCUAUCCUAAUGACAAUGUCUGUGAAGGUAAGGAGUUGCGUUUGAAGCAGGAAUACUUCAUGGUGACUGCGUCUCUUCAAGAUAUCAUCAGACGUUUCAAGUCGUCUAGGUUUGGUUGCAGGGAUCCUGUCAGGACGACCUUUGACACCUUCCCUGAGAAGGUUGCGAUUCAGCUGAAUGAUACCCAUCCUGCCCUGGCUAUCCCAGAGCUGAUGAGGAUCUUAAUAGAUGUUGAAGGAAUGGAAUGGGAGAAGGCUUGGGACAUCAUUGUACGUACGUUUGCGUACACCAAUCAUACCAUCCUACCGGAAGCUCUUGAGAGAUGGCCAGUCGGUCUCCUGGAAUACGUCUUACCACGCCAUCUUGAGAUCAUCUAUAAUGUCAACAUGCAUCAUAUGAAUGUGGUCAGCGAGAGAUACCCAGGAGACUUUGACCGCAUGCGUCGUAUGUCUAUCGUUGAAGAAGACCAUGAUAAGCGUAUCAACAUGGCCCAUCUAUCCAUUGUAGGCUCACACGCUGUUAAUGGUGUAGCAGCUAUUCACUCUGAACUCAUCAAGUCUAGUGUGUUUAAGGACUUCUACGAGAUGUAUCCUGAGAAGUUCCAGAACAAGACAAAUGGAAUUACUCCUCGUCGGUGGUUGCUCAUGUGUAACCCCGGACUAUCCGAUGCCAUUUUCGAUAAAAUCGGUGAUGAAUGGACAACCGACCUGUUCCAGUUGAAGAGCCUAAAACAACAUGUCUCUGAUAGAGCCUUCAUCCAGUCGGUUGCUCGAGUCAAACAGGAGAACAAGAUGAAGCUAGCCCAAUACCUUGAGAAACACAGUGGAGUACAUAUCAAUGUGGACUCCAUGUUUGACAUUCAAGUCAAGAGAAUUCACGAAUACAAACGCCAGCUGCUCAAUGCUCUUCACGUCAUCUGUCUCUAUAACAGAAUCAAGAAGGAUCCGAGUGCUAAGUUUGUUCCACGCACAGUGAUGAUCGGUGGCAAGGCUGCUCCAGGGUAUUACAUGGCCAAACAGAUCAUCUAUCUCAUCAACAGUAUUGGUAGGGUGGUCAAUAGUGACCCCAUCGUUGGUGACAAACUCAAGGUUAUCUUCCUGGAGAAUUACAGAGUCUCGCUUGCAGAGAAAGUGAUCCCAGCCUGUGAUUUAUCAGAGCAGAUUUCACUGGCAGGCACUGAGGCUUCGGGCACAGGCAAUAUGAAGUUCAUGUUAAAUGGAGGUCUGACUAUCGGCACCCUGGAUGGAGCCAAUGUUGAAAUGAGAGAGGAGAUGGGAGAUGAGAAUAUCUUCAUCUUUGGUAUGACAGUGGAUGAGGUCAACAAAAGAAAGCCCGGGUAUAAUCCCCGUGAAUUCUAUGAGAAGAAUGGUGAAUUGAAGCAAGCUAUAGACCAGAUCAGAGACGGUUUCUUCACACCAAAUGAUCCAGGUGCUUUCCAUGAUAUUGUCAACUCACUUCUAAAUCAUGACACGUACAUGCUUCUAGCAGACUUUGAGUCCUAUCUCGCAGCACAGAGCCGUGCUAGUGAACUCUACAUGAAUCAACAGGAAUGGACGAUAAAGUGCAUUCAUAACAUAGCGUCGUCUGGUAAGUUCUCGAGUGAUCGUACCAUCAAAGAGUACGCUGAAGAGAUAUGGGAUGUCAAACCAAACCCAGUUAAGCUUCCUGACCCUCAUGAAGAACCAGUUAGAAAGGCAUAAAGAUCUCAUCUACCGACCCACUUCAUCUUGCUACUCACUUUUAUUGCAUUUAUAGAUGGGCUGCACGAUAAUUCUCGGUUAAUAUGACAAUAUUAUCGAUAUACUGUGACAUUGAUACUCCAGUGAAUGGACGAUAUUUGGUCCAUGAUAUAUCGCCUCUAACAGUAAUUUUAAUCAUUGAGGUUUUAAUCUGUUUCACAUAAGAAAUAUUUCUUGAAAUGCUAUUAAAUUCUUCCAUUAUUCCCAUUGCUCCAACUAAAUUCACCAGGGUCCUUAGAAAAGGGUCAUAAAAAUGUCAUCCUAAACAGUCGUAGUCAUAGAAAAAAAAAGUAGUAUGUGAGCAUAACUCCACAACAUUUGACCAUUAUUCAUUUGGGAUGAUAUAUCACUAUUUUGUGGGGUUUUUUCCCAGCUGACGAUAUCCAAAUACUCAAGUAUCGUGCAGCCCUAAUUUAUGGUGAUAAAUGAUAUAUCCAUUACCCACGUAAUACAAGACAUUAUCGCAAUUUGAUAUAAUCCUUUUGUCGUCCUUAACACCAUGCUAGCAAUAUAUGGAUCUAUAUUCACUGUUUGAUUACUGCCAAAUCCCCCACUGUCUGUAUGUAUCAUAUCUUCCAAGGGUAGAUAUAGUUUUGUGUUAAACACUAGUUUCCAAAUGUUGAUGUCACCUGUUGGCACUUUAUCACAGUAUUUAUUUCUAAAAUCUAUUCAUAUCACAAAUCUUUCAUUAGAAGUAAAAUUAUUGAAUAUUUACUACAAUGUAUUACCAGGUAAAGAAAUAAUAGGACUUUUUAUUAUUUUUUUAUGCAAAGAAGAUACUUUUUUUAAGAUGAAUUGUACCGAGAAUGCGAUACUGUUGGCUGAAAUUCUCAGAUCUUCAAUUUUUUAAUAUUCAGAAUGUCACAAUGACUAUAUUUCUAGACAAUAUCAACUUUGUAAGAGAUCUGAUGAGAAAUAAAAAUAGAAUGAAGAAAUGUGUGAAACCAUGAUCAGAUUUUUUUUUAUCUUUCAAUUUCCUGGGGUGGUAUUCUGAAAAUUGUCUUAACUUUUCUUGUAACUCAGCAAGAUAACAGCUCGCUAAAAUUGUCUUAAAUAGGUAUUCUGAAAAUUGUCUUAUCUCUGUAAGGACGUCCUCUAUUUUAUCUCUCACACGCCCAAUAUUCUGUCAUCAACCAAUCAAUAAAGUUGUUAUAUGCUUAGGCCAACCAAUAGCAGUGUCUCUUCUGAAUAUUAUUAUAAGCGCAUUGUUGACACGAGGCGUAUUUUCCUUGCGCCCCCGACGCUUAUGCAUGUGCGCCACUGUGCUAAAAAUGCACAUGGCUGAUCUCAGUCAUAUUUUCUUUGAAAAGAUUCAUCAUCUCAAUUACCAAUUUUUAAUUGCUGAAAAGUCUACCAAUCCGUCCCUGUAAUGUCUUCGGAAUGUCUCCUGCAGUAAAACAUGAUGUUCUUGCGGGGUGCAGCAAGAAUUUAUUAUUUUGAUCUAGAAAUAUCGCAUGCAACAUUAAGUUACAAUAGCCCCCUACCUCUUGUAAAUUUUCUUGUAUUUUUGCUAGAAAGUUAACAGAACGCAAAGAUAAGAGAAUUUUCAGAAUAACUUUUAUCUCUAUAUAUUAUCUUGCACACGUAGGUAUUUAGGCUUAUGCAUCAUUAUAGCUCUGACAUCAUACGCGCUCAGUGAAAGUUACAAGAAAAGAUACAAUAAUUUUCAGAAUACGGAUUUUAUUGUAACUCCAAAGAUACAAGAAUAUUUCUCUUAGACAAUUUUCAGAAUACGGCCCCUGAACUAUAUAUAUAUAAAUCAAUAGCAUGUCAGUUUGGUGUCAAGUAUGGCAAAUAUCAGUUUGAAAUAUAGUUUUGCACCCAUCAGCAAAUGAAUCCUGAUGUAUGGUUAUCAUAUAUAAUUCCACAAUGUGAUCAAGUUUGACUUUUGCAAAUGGUAGAUUUUACCCCUACGAUCGUGAUGUAGAUAUGAGGGCAUAUGAUGCAUUUGGGUGGUUUAAUGAGAAUGUGUUCUAGGUUGGUGAUCAACACUUCAAGGUUUGUCCGUAUUCAACCUGUUGAUCAAAGAGAUCAGUUAAGAUAUGACUAUGCCAUUGAGUUUUUAUAGUUUGUAUAAUUUUGAGUACACUGGGACUUAGAGUAUAAUACCAUAAUCAGGUAUUUACAUAAUUAUAUUUAAAUAAGUAGCUUUAACUUAACAUGUACUAAGUUUAAAAAAUAGGAUUACAAAUAUCAUUGUUAAAAAGGGUUGUCAUGUUUGGUAAAUUUGUUGAGCUUCAAACACAACAUUACACACUGAAUACUGUGAUGAAUAUUUUUGAAUAUCUAUUACUAUUAUUAGAGCCUGUGUUUAAUCUAAGUUUUUUUUUUUUUAGUUCCGAUGUAGACCCCCUCUGAAAGCUAUUUGGUGAUUAAACCGCAACUCCUUCAUGUAGACCAAAUUAUAAAGAAGAUAAAUUUAUUAGGAGUUGUAAUAUUUAUGUUCUUUCCAAAAGACUACUGAGUUUUAAUAAUAUAAAUGAAGAUACAUCUAUAUCUGAAUAUAGGUGUUUAUAUAAUUCAGGUUAUCAUCAUGAUUCAGUAAGGUUCAUAAAUGAAAAGUUGGGGAGUGAAAUAUAAGCAAUAAGAAAUAUGUCCAUUUGAAAUUAUAGCUUGUUAUUUUUACUUUAACAUUCUACAUGUAUAAUAGAGACUUUUACCUUGUUCACAUGUGGGGGAGAUGUAUUUUAUGACAGAGAUAUGAAAUAGAAUAUACAUACAUUGACAAGUAACAAUAUUUGUUUUUUGCUAUCCUAUUUGUUUGAGAGAUAUGCUGAAAUACCUUGUGCUUCCAGUUUAAUCAAUUACAUCACACAAUCAUAUGUAUAUCAUAUAUAUAUAUAUUGACCCGCUUGACGAUUGGACAUUGGUUGGAAUCACAGAUGCUUGUCUAUAUAACCGCAAAAAUAUUUUAAAGAUAUAAGUUCAGUGCCAGACAACCUGUGUCAUGUGCAUUUGAAUAUAUGUUGAUCUUUGAAAUAGUUCAGAAAUUUUCACUUUUGUUUCAAGAUAAAAUAGAAACAUAAUGCAAAGCCAUCUGCAUUUUGUGGUAGAAGAUAGUUUCCUUGUAUGUUAUAAAGGUAUGUGUUGUUUGCAUGGAAUGAUAGUGUGAUAGUCUCAAAUAGUCUAAAAGUUUUGAGGUUGAUAUGUUGUAUUUGUGUACAUUUUAGUAAUGUAAUGAUUGUUUGCUAAUAUUAGUAAUAAAGUAUACAUUGUAUGAUGCUAUAGCCUGUACCUUGAAAAUCAAUGGAAUUAUGCAAAAUGAUUUUAGCUUCUAAUACAUUAUCAUAUACAGAGAUUUAAGAUCUUUAGAGAGUUGUGAAAGAAUUGUUAUGUUUCAGAUUUUAUAUUGACUGUAAAUGUUCUUUGUCAGUUGCAUAGCAAUUCAUGGUAAUAGAAAUUGAUUUUCUUAGUUAUAACAUCUUCAUAAUCCUAUUUUUCUACAUAGUGGCUAAUAAUUAGAUAAAAACAGACCAUUUGAAAUGACUUAGUGAUAUAUUGCUAUUAUAUUUAGAUUUGUUAUAUUUUAUGAAUACCAAGUAAACUCAUUAUUUCAAUUAGAAAAAAUUAUGCCAAAAAGUAUUCGACAUAAUUUCGAUUUUUGUUCAUUAUGGCAAUGUCUAUACAGUAUAAGGAUUUAUGAUCCUGAUUUAUUAUAGGGUAUUUUGGCACUUCAGAAAAGUGGAAUAUUAUCAUUAUUAUUAUUUAUCUGUCUGAUUUAGAAAAAUCAGGGCCCUCUAAGAUAAAGCUUAGCGAUUGAUCGUUUGGCUGAUUUGUAAGAUUAAGAGUAAUGUGUAUCAUCAAUCACUAAGCUAUAUGUUACGGGGCCAGAUCUUUUAUUGAUAGGAAAUGUAAGUGAACUAUUUUUAUAUCAUCUACAUUUCAAAAGUGAAUAAAAUCAGACUGCACAGUUGAUAGCAUCACAUAAUAUGUUCCUAUUGAUAGAGCUUUUCUAAUGGCCUUAUAUGGUAUAUAAGAUCAUUAAGUAUUGCAAUGGAAAUAUAUCCAUCCAGAGAGUAUUUGAAUACUUUGAUGCAGUGAAGUAUGCUGAAGUUAUACAUGUCAAAUGUUUUAAUUAUGUUGCAAAAUUAAUUUACAUAAGUGGAAUUUGCCUAUGUUGAAAUGAUUUAGUGUUUUAAUGAAAGACAGCACUUAUAGUUCAUUUUAUGUUUGUAUUGUGUAAUUUUUUUAUUAAUUUGUAAUUAUAUCAAUGUGUAUUGAUUGUAAUAGUGCACUUUCAAUGAAUAUCAUCGUAUUGAUGUUAUUAGUUUUUCUACCGAUAGAUGGCAUGAACAUUUUAAACAAUUGUUUACAUCUGGCAUUGAUAGUCAGCAACCAAAUGUUCACAACUCCUGUUUAUGAAGGUAUAUUUGCAUGUUUGAAUCCAAAUUUUGUUGUAGGUUGAACUUUAAAAGUUUGUAUGAGACUUGUUUUGUUACGUUUAGCAUUUACCAUGUUUUGGUAAUGAUUUAAAGUAGUUUUGUGAAAUAUAAAUGAGAAGUCAAACUCUUUGUAAUUCAGCAAAUCUGUUAGUCAGAUGUAUUCUUUAAGAUAGCAUUCCCAUUGAAUGGGAGGUUCAAAAGCAAGAAAGGAUCUGUUUUUUCUUAAAACCCACCAUUAAUCAGGGUAUAAUAAUUCAAUAAUCCAGUAUAUAUUCCACUUGAACCAGUCAAAACGGAACCAUGGUUGAAGAAAGUAGUUUUUUUAAAGGAUUUUUUCAUUGUUAAGAAUUAGCCUAGAUCACAUGCCCUGUAACACACAGCUGAGCGAUCGAUCGUUGGUCUGAUGUUUCUAAUGAUUGAUUGUAUGGUUAUUGUGUAUAAUCAAUUGUUAAAGUCAGCCCCGCGAUCAAUCGCUAAGCUUGGUGUAUACCGUACAGGUAUUGAAUAGAAUGUGAGCAUACAGGUAUGUUUUUGUAUGGGCAUCUUGCAUGUUUGCACAACAAUUAAUUUUUUUUAUGUUCGGAUAAAUACUCACUAUUAUAUAACUAGAAUGAUGUAAUGCUAUAAAUGCAGAGAUAGUAAUGUGGAAGCCAUGAUGACAGUUGUGGAAUGAUAAGAUUAGAUAACUGCACAUUUUUUUCAACUAAUGGAAUACGAUAUGGAUUAGAUUGUAAUAGUGUAAUGGGAUGAUUGUGUGUUUGACAGUACUGCUUGUUGACCCAUUGCUAGUAAAGAACAGUCUUUGAUUUCAAUAGUAUGUCUGGAUUGCAGUCAAAAUUUAUGGUUGAAGUUCAAUAUGAUUUGUUGAAUAAAUGCCCAAUAAACUGAGCAAAAACAUCACAA